UGAAAAAGGGAAGAGCCGGUCUGGGGCUGCCCCUUAAACGCGAAGCGGAGCCGGUGCGGGCAACCAUGGCUCCGUCCUGUAAGAGCUGGCUUGCCAAUGAAGGAAGCAAGCACCUCCUCGUGCUGCUCUGGCUGUGUCUCAACGUGGGAUUGUUUUGGAAAACUUUCCGACUCUAUUAUUGCGAACCGCAGUAUUACUAUUUGCAUCAGAUGCUGGGGCUAGGGUUGUGCCUCAGCCGAGCCUCAGCUGCUGUUCUUAAUCUCAACUGCAGCCUGGUCCUGCUGCCCGUCUGUCGGGUUCUCCUGGCGCUGCUUCGCGGCUCCCAGAAGUUGCCCAGCCGAAAAGCUAGGAGGCUGUUAGAUAAGAGCAAGGCUUUCCAUGUGACCUGUGGACUGACUGUAUGCAUCUUUUCAGUGAUCCAUGUUGCCGCCCACUUGGUGAACGCUUUGAACUUCUCUAUGAAUUACAGCGAAGAGUUCCUCGCACUCAAUGCAGCCAGCUACCGUGGUGAAGAUCCCAGGAAAUUCCUUUUUGCAACAGUUCCUGGAUUAACCGGUGUCCUUAUGGUGCUGGUCUUGUUCCUAAUGUCUACUGCAUCCACUUAUGCCAUUAGGGUUUCAGAUUAUGACAUAUUUUGGUAUACCCACAACCUCUUUUUUGUCUUCUACUUGUUGCUGAUACUGCACGUUUCUAGAGGAGUUCUGAAAUACCAAACUAACCUAAAAGAGCACCCCCCUGGGUGUUUCGAUCCCAAUGGGACUGUCGAAAAGGACAUUCCAUUUGAAAGUGGCUUCAAAUCAUCUCUCACAGGAAGUGCCGUAGAGCGUUUCCCAGGACCGUUGAUGGAGCUGCAGCCACUUCUGAAAAGCAACGUUGCUUGUGCAGAAGAGCCAAAAUUCCAAGCCUGUUUCCCUGAGACUUGGCUCUGGAUCUCUGGACCAUUAUGCUUAUAUUGUGUGGAAAGACUGUACCGUUAUAUCUAUAGCAGCUAUAAACCUGUCACACUCACUGCGGUGAUCCACCAUCCGUGUGAUGUCCUUGAAAUACAGAUGGUGAAGGAAGACUUUAAGGCAAGACCUGGACAGUAUGUCAUUCUGCACUGCCCAAGUGUGUCCUCUCUUGAAAGCCAUCCCUUCACUCUUACAAUGUGCCCAACAGCUACCAAGACAACAUUUGGAGUGCACAUUAAAGUCAUAGGAGACUGGACAGAGAGAUUGCGAGAUCAGCUGCUCCUACAUUCAAGCUGGGAUGCUGCAAUUCUGCCAGUCUUCCAUCAAAGAUGUUAUCCUAAGCUGCAUGUCGAUGGUCCCUUUGGGAGCCCUUUUGAAGAAUCUUUCAAUUAUGAAGUCAGCCUGUGCAUAGCUGGAGGCAUUGGUGUGACUCCAUUUGCAGCUGUCUUCAAUACCCUGCUGGAUGACUGGAAACGCUACAAACUCAGAAGGCUUUACUUCAUUUGGGUGUGCAGAGACAUCUUGUCCUUCCACUGGUUUGCGGAUCUGCUCUGCAAAUUGCACAACAAGCUCUGGCAAGAAAACCGACCAGAUUUUAUCAAUAUUCAGCUGUACCUCAGUCAAACAGAUGGGAUACAGAAAAUAAUUGGCAAGAAAUAUAAAGUGCUGAACCGCCGGCUUUUUAUUGGACGGCCACGAUGGAAACUCCUAUUUAAUGAAAUAGCCAAGUAUAACAGACAGAAAACAGUUGGCGUUUUUUGCUGCGGCCCUCGUGGAAUCUCCAAAGCUGUACACCAACAAAGCAAUAAGCACAAUCCUUACGGGACAAGGUUUGAAUACAACAAAGAGUCAUUUAGCUGAGAGCAUCGGGGGCUUUCCAAGGACUGCUUGAAGAUUUGAGUGCAAUUUUUUUUUUGUUUAAAAAAAGAAAAAAAAUCAACAGCUUUACUUUGACCACUUGUAACAAAGCCUGUCUUUUCUUUCCUUCCUUGCUUUUUCCUUUUCCUGAUAAUUUAUGACUAUUUAAAUCUGAAAAGCAUAAAAAAAAUGAAAUACACUCCUUCUGGAUAUGUAAAAAAAAAAAGAAAGAAAGAAAGCCAAGCUAUUACAGGCGUUGGCAAUCUGCCCAAAUUACACAAAGGCAAUUAGAGAGGGAGACUGACUUCUUUGGCUGCUUUUUCAGAACAAUCUCUGAGACUUUUGAACUUUCCUCAAACCCCAGGAAAUAACAUUGCUUGAUUGGAUAGGGGAGUAUGUAGUGGAAGUAAAAUAAUAAUAAAAUUCUUCCCUGUGCUGGCAGACGAAUAAAGCAAACUUGAAAAUGAAGGCAAAACGGCUACAGAUUCAAUAGGAGAAAAUAAAGAACUUCCAAUAUCCUCUGUCAAAUUCAGACACUUGCCAACUGGCUCGUAUUUAGGAUGGUUGCAGAGUGCCAGAGUCAUGUGAUCACCUUUUGCGACCUGACAAAGACGCUGCAACCCACUGUAAAUGCAUAGCCGAAUUUUGAUCACAUGGCUGUCGGGAUGCUACGUUUGCAAAUGUGACAGCCAGUCGUAUGUCACUUUUUUCAAUGCCGUUGUGGCUUCAUAUGGUCACUAAAUGAUUGGUCAUGCAUCAAAGACUAUCUUAUGACCCAGGUGGUCAAAGCAAGGUAGGCUUCUAGAGCAGCAGCCCCCGCCCUUUUUGGCACCAGGGACUGGUUCCAUGUUUUUCCACGGACCGGAGGGAGCGUGGUUUUGCAUCCUGCCCACAUCCCAUGGAUGGGGCUUCGCUUCUUUGUGCUGCCCGGUUUCUGGCAUGCUGCAGCCUGGUGCCAGUCCACAGACUGGAGGUUGGGGACCCUGCUCUAUAGAGUUCUUUAUUACCCUCAUAAAUG